AGUAUGGAGACACUGGAGGAAGCUGAACUCUGCUUUCCACAUCUCCUGAACACCUCAUGCAAAAGGCAAUUGCAGAAUCGUGGUCCAACUGUCUUCGUUUACGUCAUACUGUCCUGCAUCUCUUUGCUCACUGUGAUGCUGAAUCUGCUCGUAAUCAUUUCUAUCUCCCACUUCAGGCAGCUCCACACCACCACCAACCUCCUCCUCCUCUCUCUGGCUGUGGCAGACUUCCUCGUUGGCCUCCUGCUGAUGCCUGGUCAAAUCAUCCUCAUUACUGGCUGCUGGUUUUUGGGGAGCUUGACUUGUGGUAUGUUUAACUAUCUGACUUAUAUUCUGACAUCUGCAUCAGUCGGAACCAUAGUUCUCAUAUCAGUUGACAGAUAUGUUGCCAUUUGUGACCCUUUGUCUUACUCCACCAAAGUCACUCACCAACGAGUUCAAAUAAGUGUGUGUGUGUGCUGGGCCUGUUCUCUGUUCUAUAAUGCUGUAAUGCUACACGUCUUCCUGGAAAAACCAGACGCACAUAACUCCUGCUAUGGAGAGUGUAUAGUUGUAAUUGACUUAAUAACAGGAGCUCUUGAUCUUGUUUUGACCUUUGUUGGCCCGAUUGCUGUCAUAGUAGUUUUGUACAUGAAAGUAUUUGUGGUGGCUGUGUCUCAGGCUCGAGCCAUGAGGUCUCAUAUUACAGCUGUCACAGUCCAGGGCUCAGUUAGUGUAAAGGCUAACCAGUCUGUGAGAAAAGCAGCCAGGAUUCUUGGUAUUGUUGUGGUUGUCUUUGUGAUAUGUCUCUGUCCUUGUUUUUUUCCCGCUCUCACAGGCAUGUCACCAAGUUCUGCUUUUUUAAAUUUUGGACUCUGGCUUCUUUAUUGUAACUCCUGCAUCAAUCCAGUGAUCUACGCUUCUUUCUAUCCCUGGUUUAGGAGAUCUAUCUUUCUCAUUGUUACACUUCAGAUAUUGCGGCAUGACUCCUGUGAUUCACACAUAUUGUAGAAAUGCCUUUAGCAUUUUUUCUUCACAUUAUUAAGACCUAUUUAUGUAUUUUGAGGUGGUCAACUAAUACAUAUUAAAUAAAUACAAGAUUUUGACGUAUAAUUUCCUUAUUGACUUGCAUGUACCCAAAUGACUAUUUCUAUUUCUAACAUAUAUAAAUAUAACGUGCGAAGACAAGUGUGGUGUACGUGUUCUUAGAGCACUUUGUAUUUUUGACAGUCUUAUGUUUUAUUUUUUACAAUGCCGAGGAACUUAGA